CCUCUGAGGGACAGGAGCGGUAGCAGCAGGUUUGGCUCCUGUGGAAAGGAGGUGGCGGGUAUGGUGAUCCCAGAGGAGAUUCAGAGACUCCUGGAAGAUGUUGAAUUCUACCUGGCGGAUGUGCUGCAGAAUGAAAACUUGAGUCCUAAAGCAAGGGAGCAGAGGGAUGCAAUUCUUUUUGGAUUCCAGCAAGUCAAAGCCAGGUACCACUUGGAAUUUCUGCCCCAAGGAGAGGAUCAGCACGAUGCUGGCUGUGGACAGGACAGUUCUGAUGAAAAUCAAAGCUGGAGUUUGGCCCCUUCCAUGACAUCUGAUGCUUCACUGCCUUCAGACUUCCAGGAUGAAGAUACGAUGCACUUACGCCGGGCGCGGGUGGAGAACGUGUGA